AUGGGGUUUGGGCCAUUGCUGUUUGUUGUAUUGCUGAUUAGCCCGUACGUUGUUUGUGGUUUGCAUGGUCAACAUGCAAAGGAUGGGAAUGUGAUUGAUCACGACAACGGUACGAGUUCUGAAAAGAAGCUGCCACAUGGCUUGCAUGUCGAUACAGGACGCGAGCAAGAAAAAAAUGCAACUUCAGGUAAUCAAGUUGUGGAAGUAAAUGGCAAUCAGGUUGCGCACUAUGGAGGUAGUGGAGGAGAAGGAGGGGGUGGCGGCGGUGGCGGUGGCAGUGGAGGCGGAGGCGGUGGAAGUGGUAGUGGUGGAGGGAGAGGUGGUGGAAGGAGGAAAAGGAGAGGAAAACAUACAUGCGGUAGAAGGGGAGGAAGUGGCGGCGGAGGUGCUGGCAGCGGUGGUGGUGGAGGUGGGGGUGGGGGUGGGGGUGGAGGUGGAGGCCAUGGUUGGGGAAGUGGGAGUGGUGGCGGUGGCGGUGGUGGCGGUGGUGGCGGAGGUGGCGGUGGUGGUGGUGGUGGUGGUGGUGGAGGAGCGGGUGGAGGAGAAGGUUGGGGAUGGGGAGGUGGAGGAGGAGGAAACCAAGGUGGGUGUUGGGGCUGGGGAUGUGGUGGAAAUCAUCCUCCUCCAAGUAAAUGA